GUAUCGCAUCCCUUCAAUUUGUGGGACACAUGUACUCACACUGUCACACAUUAGAUAAGCCUCUUAACUUUUAGCUAUCACUAAAAAAAUGAAAAAAAAAGAACAAGUCAAAAUCUCACAUAACUCCCAAGUAAACGCUUUUACUCACCAUCUCCAAUAAACCCCAAAAUAAAAAAGUACUCUUACACACUUAACCCUCUUUCUCUCUCUCCAAAAAAAAAAAUCCACUAAAAGUCCAUCUAACCACAAUCCAACGGCCCACAAUCCUCCACGUCACACAAAAAUCCCCCAAAAAACCCAAAAUUCACAUUUCUCCCAAUUUCCCCAAUUUAUUUAUUCAUUUCCUCCCAAAAAAAAAAUCCCCAAAAAAAUUUCUUCUUAUUCUCUCUCCUCCCCCUCUAAUGGAACCUAAUGAAAGCGGACUAACCUCUUACUAUCAUCCACACCAACACCUUCCUCACCCUCAACAACAACAACAACCUUCUUCCACUCUCUCUCCUCCCACCACCACCAACACUGCCGGCGCAAAUUCUCCGGCGACGAACGGAAUUUCCGACGGUUCUGCCGGCGCACUUUACCCGCAAUCCGUGGCUGGAAAAGCGCCGGCGACUUCCGAGCCACAGCGUCGAAAAAGAGGACGGCCUAGAAAGUACGGCACACCUGAAGCUGCUGCCGCUGCUAAACGAGCUGCAGUUCCGUCUUCGAUUAAACGGAAGGAACAACAACAUCAUCACUUUAUUCCUGGCUCUUCUUCUCACUCAUCUUCUGCUUCUUCAAAGAAAUCUAAUUUGAAUUCUGUUGGUGGUCAGGGAUUUACUCCUCAUGUCAUCAAUGUGGCUGCUGGAGAGGAUGUGGGCCAGAAAAUUAUGUUAUUCAUGCAACAAGCUAGACGGGAAUUAUGCAUCUUGUCAGCUUCUGGUUCUAUUGCUAAUGCAUCUCUUCGACAGCCAGCUAUAUCUGGAGGCAGUAUUGCAUAUGAGGGACGUUUUGACAUCAUUUCGCUUACUGGAUCUUAUGUACGCUCAGAUCUUGGAGGAAAGGCAGGGGGCCUAAGUGCAUGCCUUCUCAACACAAAUGGGCAAAUUGUUGGAGGUGGUGUAGGUGGUCCUCUUAUUGCUGCAGGCCCUGUGGAGGUAAUUGUAGCUACCUUUCUGAUUGACCCCAAGAAAGAUGGCAGUGCUGGCUACAAAGGGGAUGCUUCUGCAACUACAAUACCUUCACCAGUUUCGGCGUCAACUGCAGUUUACAGACCAGUAGUUGAAUCUUCCGGAGGAUUUACAGUGUCCACUGGAGGUGAUGAUCAUCAGAAUAUGGAUGGAAAUCCUUUUAUUAUGCAAACUCAAUGGAGAAGUGGAAUCAAUUAUGACUUGGGAGGUAAUACUGGUCACAGUUCACAUGAUUCACCCGAAAAUGGAGAUUACGAGCAGAUGCCUGACUAAAAGUUUCCUUUAUAUAUUUGGUUGGCAGAGUCAUCUAAUCACAGGCUUUUCCAUGAUUAUAUGAGUUGUUUUUUUAGGUCAAAUUAGAUAUAUAUUUCCUAUUCACAUGAACUCCAAUUAGAUACAUGUACAGGUGACUAAUAGUCUCUCACUCUUCUUAUUCUUGACUUCUGCAGCUUGCGCUGUCGUAGAUUUAAUUACAACAUUAUUUAUUGUUAAGCCAUUCACAAUUUUAUGCCUGUGCAUUUUCCAUAUAAGCAGGAUAAGCCCUUCUGUA